CUAUUUUCCCCAUGCUUUACUGCCGUCCAACAAAAAUGACGUAACAAGCGAUAUAAAACCGACGUCGCUGCAUUAUGACGUCCUUCGUGGAGACGGUUCCGUAGCGGUAGCCUUUCCACCUCGACAUGAGAGCCAAGUGGAGAAAGAAGCGCAUGCGCAGGCUGAAGCGCAAAAGGAGAAAGAUGAGGCAAAGGUCCAAGUAAGCCGUCCCCUCCGCCAUGGCUGCGACAUCACAUGUUGCCAGGAACCAGACUGGUGAGCGCAGCCGGAGACUCGGGACUUCCAUGUGUCUGGUGUGAGGCCAGUUGCAUCCACCACACCCAACCAGAGGCAUCGAAGCAGCAGCUGACAGAAGACUGAUGUUGGAGAAGUGUUUCAACACCCGUCGGAUGUCAGGCUUUUCCUCUGGCACGUUCUGGACUCUUUUGCUUUUAAUUCCUCAACUUUUGUCAUUCGUUUUUGUUUAUACUGUGAUUAAAGGUUUUGGUUUAUAAAAUGAAUUUACAGAUUUCAUGUGUAUUUGUUCAGGUAACCUACAAGGUCACUUACUAACCAAACCUGGAAACAACACUGACUGAAGAGAGAAACUGGUAGUAGAAGAUGUAAUCUCCACUUGAAGUAGGUCUAAUGUAAAAAUUCUUAAAAUGUACUGAAAUGUUGUGUGAGAGGGCUUCUCGCUAUGCAGAGCAGCUGUGAUAUCAUGGUAAUAUCACUCAUGCAAUAUUUUAAACCACAUUUAAGAUUUUGACCUUGAGAAAAACUGGUAGAAUAUUAGACAUUAGUGCAAUGUAUCUUAUUUUUUACGCCUAAAAAAAAUGAUCUGCAAGCUGAAGGUAAAAUGACGUGCAAAAAAGGGUCAAAUUCUAGUGCAGUGGUCACAUUUAUGGGUAACAAAAUUGAGUUCAUCUUUAAAUGCAAAUUGUACAAAAGUUUCAUUAAUGUCAAAUGUAUGCUGGCCCUUUAAAUGUAUUAGGAAGGUGAGCAUCACCUGCAUUAAUGUGCUACCUUAAUUGUUCAAAAGCUAAGAACCAACAGGAUGGAUCGAUCCAGUAUGGAUGAAAUAGGAAAUCGCGUUUUCCUAAGUUUAUUCUAAUUGAGAAGCUUAUUUAAAUCCCUCAUACUUUGUCUCAAUGCUAACAAGGAAAAACAAUGUGAGAAUCGCUUUAAAAUUCAAAAUGUGUAGAAAGUGCACCAUAUCUGUUUGACAUGUUUGAGAACCCUAACAUCACUGAUCAACAUCUUUAAUCUGACCACCUCAUAGGCGUAUCUUUAAUGGACAAUCUGUGGGUAAAUUUCUGAAAAGAUAAAAGUCACUUCAGAUUCUGUCCACACCUUAUGACUCAAGUGGGCGUGUGAAUGUUUUAACCUUUGGGCGGAACUCACUCCAGACAAACUUAUGAAUAUACACAAUCUUGUUUUUACCCUUGAAGGUGAUCUGGCAAUUCAUCCUGUCCUUCAGUGAAAGUGAAUUCUAAUCAGGCUGUGGCUGGAAAACACUAUUAAAGAGGAUGGUGUCCCUCUUGUUCUCUUUUACAACUUCAUUUUCAUUUGCUUCCUGAGCCACUGCCAUAAACAGAAUUCUGCUGUCAGCAUUAGCUGAUAUUUAAUGCAUUAUUUCCUCUGAACCACAGGAAAUACUUCUCUAUUGAAAAUACAUUAAGACUUACAGGGAGCAAUAAAACAUGUAAAGUGCCUAAUUAUAUAUUUUCUGAUUAGGACAAGAAUUACUGGCAAAGAUGACUUUGAGUUUUCAUUUUAAGAUGCUCUUAUGGAACAUAAUCAGGUUUGAAAGACACAUACCCUCUUAGUUACCGUAGGAAAAUAAUCUGCUUCAGACUAACCUCUGUCUUCAUGUGUUGGUCAGAGAAUAGAUGUAAUGUAUUACAAUGUGAGAUGACCUAUCCAUGCUCAGUAAUAUCAUCUACCUGUAACUACCUGAAUUAUGUUCCUUUGUUUAUUGGCAUGUCCUGGUGGUGUUGGCAGAGUUUCAACAGCAGUCCUGCUCAAACAGAUCAUGUAACUUAAAGGGCAACAACAAAACUCCUGAUCAGUGAUUACAAAAUGCAGUUUUAGGAUACUGGAUAAUUUUAGUGUCAAACCUUCAGGGUGGAAAUCUUUGUAGCUCUUAUAGACGUCAAUAGAAGUGGGGAAAAUAAUCUAAUGGAAGGAGCCAGUAAAUAUUACAACAAUUUUGUAUUAAAAUUAUAGUGGCAACAAUUAACUGAAGUAUAAAAAUAAAAGGGGGACUGGAGGCCACUACUUAAUUCACAGCUUUUUACUGUGCAAAUAGACAUAAAAUGAAUGUGUCUGGUUCUUGGAUUGUAGGUCCCAUAUAGUAAAAUGAUGCUUCUGAAGUAUUUUCUUGGGAUGUGGGAUUAUAACAGGCAUUUCACACAAUAUUCUGACAUUUCUUUAGACAAGACACGCAAUCAACAAGCCAAGGAAAUGAUCUGCAGAUGAAUCAAUAAGGAAAAUAUUUCUUAGUCCUAAAGGUAAUAAUAUUGACACAAUCAUCCCAAAUCUUAUUCUUACUUUUCAGAGGACAAGUCAAUUUAACCUUUCUCCAAGCGUCUCCUGCUAAAUUUACAGUUGCGGAUAGUAAAAAUGUGCAGAAGAUGUUGUAUUUACACAGUAUGACAGUUCUGUCAUUAAAGUUUCCCCAUAUCUGUCUUUGUCAAGCUACAAAGUCUUAUUUAAACUGCCAAAUGUAAUGAAGGAAACCUAAUAUUACGCAUAAAAAUAUUGAUCACAUGUAAUCUUAACAUUCUGCAAAAUAACACAAACAUGAACAGCACGAUCAUUCACUGUAUUACACCUUUAUACACUCAUAGCACUGAAUUAGGAUACAGGAACUAAAUAACUUGUGAUUAAACUGUUGACCAAUAAUCCAUGAUUAUAACACUGACAUGAGACCCAGUUUUAACUUUGGCCUUCUUUUGCAUUUCAGCAUCAUUUGAACAUCACACAUAAAACUCAUGAUCCUGUGACACCAACUUCUGCUUCUGUUGCAGAAGAAAAAAGCUGCUUUGUCAUUGUUCAAGUUACAUUACUGAUUACUUGGUGAUGCAGUUGUUUAUGUGUGCUCGGAGGCAUUUUGGUUAUUCAUGCCAGUUUUAGUCACCGCUGAAAGUCCAAAUGUCAGAAGCUAAUAAUUAGUGAACAUUAGAGCAAGUAUGAAAUUAAAUAACAUAGUUUAUAGAUGACAAAAUAUUGCUAUUGGCUGGUUUGUUGUGAUGUGAUUGAUCACUUUUAAACGGAGACACCACAUGGAUAAAUUCUGUCUCAUCAGCUGGCACAUUUAGGAGCAAAUAAACUCAUUGACGAUUGUUUCAUUUGUUUGUAAUUUUUAUUUUUUUCAUUUUUUUUGUGCUAAGAUUGCAGUGGUUUGUAGAAAUCACAAGCAGACCAGAAAGGAGAUGCUGCUUAAUAUCUCUUGCAAGGAAAUAUUGGUGUCUUUAUGAUCACAGACAGAAUGCAAUAACGAAAAGACAACUGUAAAUACUAAAAUAUGCAUGUCAGAAUGUGGAAAGUUAUAAAAUGAUUUGCAUAUAGUGAUAAUGGUGAGAAUAUAGCUGCAAGAGUAGUGGGAUUAUUAAAAUUUAUUGCACUUAUUGCAACAUUUUGAGCUUGAUCUCUGCAUUUCUUGGAAUCUCACAUCACACUGAAAUCUCGCAGUAUUUUAAACAUAUAAGACGUUGUUGCCUUCAGUCCAUGUGACUCACAGAACCUGUCUGUUGUCAUGUUCUUCAUGCAGCAUAUCUGUGUGCACAAGUGAUCAUCUAACUCUUCACCCUCCGAGCAAAUACAGAUAACCGGCCGUAUCCAGGCAACAGGGAGGCUAUUUAAAGCUUGCCUGUUUUCUAGAAAGGCAUAAAUGAGGCUAUUAAUGAGAGCCGACAGUGAAAACACCAUGGAUACCAAAUUCUGCAGUAUGUUGUUUUUUUUUUUUUUUUCGAAAUCUGACCUGCCUGCGGAUGCGCAACUUUGCCAAAUUGACGCACAUCCUGACGGUGUCACGACUCUGCUGCUGCUGCUCGGACUCUCUAUGGUAGAAAAAAAAUCAGAACAGCACAGAGCUACUGUACGUUCAGGAGCCAGAACACCUUUCUGUCAAUGAACCUGUUGGCGCCCUCAGGCUCAGUAGUAAAGCUGCUGCAGUGGAGAUGAGCGCUUGCGCACGCAGGAGGACUUAUUCCGGUUAUACGAGGAAGAUAACGGACUGAGCAGCUCAGGAUUAGGGGCGUAGUUGUGCUUUUGGUUUAUAUAAUGAUGCUGCUGGGGAUGUUCCUCUGAAAAACGCGUCCUCUGGGGUCUUCAGGUGGAAUAAAUGUCGUUUUACUUUGCAUAUCGGCUCUAAUACGCUCCGCCCGGGGCUGUGCGUGACGCUACAAGUUAAUUCUAGGGUUUAGGUUUCUACUGGAUUUCAUGUGAAGGAGGACUUCAAGCUGAGCCCGCCCUCUCAGGUCUUGGUCUCUGCUUGCCCUGCUCUCUGAGAAAAGCUUUACACGUAAAUGAAACGGAGCACCCUGCGGAACUGAGGGGGAGAAGAAAAGUCGUGAUCAUGAUUUAACCGUUUCGGAGCGCGCAGUUUCUCGCUGACUUGUCCAUGGUCGCUGUAAUAACGCGGUGGUGAGUGUUUACAGGCGCUUGCCACUCAGAAGCACAAGAUCUGCAGGCCAGGUUCGAGCGAGUGAAGUCGAGCGGAUCUUGUGCCAUGCCAGCUGCGGCUGCAGAGUCGGGCAUGAGCGGUGGCACCGCGGCUGCAGCCUCGGCCUCUCCGAGCAAACCCCCCGCCGAACGCGCAGUCAGCGUGCUGUGGUCGUUUGGAAAAUGCCUCGGUGCUCUGCUGCCCGUGUACCUGGCCGGAUACUACGGCUUCAGCAUCAGUGUCGUGCUGUUCGGUCUGAUGAUCUACAUGGGAUGGAAGCACAGCCGAGUGGAGAAAGUGAUGAGGCUCAAGUCUGCCAUGUACCUGCUGGAGAACGAGAGGGAAUUCACCACCGAGAAGGUGUUCAGAGCCAAGAGGGAUCUGCCCCCCUGGGUCAACUUUCCAGAUGUGGAAAAAGUGGAGUGGCUGAAUAAGAUCCUGCAGCAGGCUUGGCCUUUUGUCGGCCAGUAUCUGGAGAAGUUGCUGGUGGAAACCAUUGCUCCUGCCAUCCGUGCUUCCAGCAUCCAUCUGCAGACUCUCAGCUUCACCAAGGUCAACAUAGGAGACAAGGCUGUGAAAGUGGUUGGAGUAAAGGCUCACACAGAACACGACAAGAGACAAGUCAUGUUGGAUUUGUACCUGAGCUAUGCCGGGGAUGUCGAGAUCAAUGUGGAAAUCAAAAAGUACUUCUGCAAAGCUGGAGUGAAAGGAAUCCAGCUCCAUGGAAAGCUGCGUGUGAUCCUUGAGCCUCUGAUUGGAGAUGUGCCACUGGUUGGAGCCAUUACAAUGUUCUUCAUUCGGAGGCCUAAACUGGACAUCAACUGGACCGGACUUACCAACCUGCUCGACAUCCCCGGACUGAAUGCCAUGUCGGACACUAUGAUAAUGGAUGCAAUAGCCUCCCACCUGGUGCUCCCCAACCGUCUCACUGUUCCCCUGGUGGCCGACCUGCACGUUGCGCAGCUCCGCUCCCCUCUCCCAAGGGGAGUUGUGCGUAUUCACCUGCUGGAGGCCGAGGACCUGACUGCCAAGGAUACAGUCAUCAAGGGCCUAAUCGAUGGGAAGUCCGAUCCGUAUGCUGUGCUGCGAGUAGGAACCCAGAUCUUCACCUCUCAUCAUGUGGACAGCAACCUGAACCCGCAGUGGAGGGAGAUGUAUGAGGUGAUUGUCCAUGAAGUACCUGGUCAGGAGUUGGAAGUGGAAGUGUUUGACAAAGACCCAGACCAGGAUGACUUCCUGGGAAGGGUCAAGGUGGAUCUUGACAUUGUGAAGAAGGCCAGAGUUGUGGAUGAUUGGUUCAAUCUGAGGGACGUCCCAUCUGGCAGCGUCCACCUCCGGCUGGAGUGGCUCUCUCUGCUGUCCUCUGCUGACAGACUGAGUGAGGUGAUUCAAAAGAACCAGAACCUGACCAGUAAGACGGCUGAACCUCCAUCUGCCGCCAUCCUCGCCGUCUAUCUCGACCAAGCUCACGAGCUGCCUAUGAGAAAAGGUAACAAGGACCCAAGUCCGUUGGUGCAGAUUUCCGUUCAGGAUUCCACUAAAGAGACCAAGACUUGCUACGGGACCAACAGCCCUGUGUGGGAAGAUGCUUUCACCUUCUUCAUUCAGGAUCCUCGCAAACAAGAUAUCGACAUCCAGGUGAAGGACGAUGACCGCGCUCUGUCUUUGGGUAAUCUCACCAUCCCUCUGACCCGUCUGCUGGGGACCCCUGAACUCACCAUGGACCAGUGGUUCCACCUGGAGAAUUCGGGUUUAGCCAGUCGUAUCUACGUCAAAGUUGUGCUUAGGGUUUUGUGGCUAAGUGACGACACCACUCCCACCACUCCGUCUCCUCGUCCUUCGGCCUCUGGGUCUGGGAUGGGUCACGGGGGAAUCACGUCAGAACUGAACCCUCUGGGGCCCGGUGGGUUGGCUAAACCUCCGUCAACACGACCACAGCACACCACACCCGAUCCAGAGUUUGCAACUGAGGGAGUUUUGCGAAUCCACCUGGUGGAGGCCCAGAACCUGAUAGCUAAGGACAACUUCAUGGGGGGCAUGGUGAAGGGGAAGAGCGAUCCCUACGUCAAGAUCCGCGUGGCCGGAAUAACAUUCCGCAGCCACACCAUCAAGGAGAACCUCAACCCUGUCUGGAAUGAACUCUAUGAGGUGAUUUUGACGCAGCUUCCAGGUCAAGAGAUCCAGUUUGAGUUGUUUGAUAAGGACAUCGAUCAGGACGACUUCCUCGGAAGGUUCAAGCUUAGCCUACGAGACAUCAUCGGCGCACAAUUCAUCGAUACGUGGUAUACGCUAAACGAUGUGAAGUCAGGUCGAGUUCACCUGGUGUUGGAGUGGCUUCCCCGAGUCUCUGAUCUACCCAGACUGGAGCAGAUCUUGCAGUAUCAGUCCCAGCACUCGUAUCAAAACAAGGUCGUACCAUCAACGGCUGUGCUAUUUGUGUAUGUGGAGCGAGCCCACGGCCUGCCGUUAAAGAAGAGUGGAAAGGAGCCAAAGGCUGGAGCUGAGAUUCUACUCAAAGGGGUUUCUCAUAAAACCAAGAUUUGUGAGCGUUCCACAUCUCCUCGGUGGGAUGAAGCUUUUCAUUUUCUGGUCCGCGACCCCAGAGAGGAAACACUCACAGUCAAGCUCUCCCACAGCUGGGGCCAGGCUCUCGGGUCCUUGACUCUUCCUCUGAGGGAGGUUCUGGCUGAGCAGGGACUGGUGCUGGACCGUUGGCUCAGUCUGGAUGGAGCUCUGCCGGAGAGCCAGAUACUGCUGAGGGUCACUCUCAAGAUCUUGGACACUCAGCUGGCAGUGUGUCGUAAGGCUCCAGGAGAUGCAGGUAAUGAUGCUGCUACAGAUGAAGUCAUCCCCAGAUGGGUUCCUUCUCAUCUCGACCUCAGAAAUCGAAGUGGAUUCGCCAUCGGCAGUGAUAACUCGAACGCAGCAGGCCAGGUGAAGCUGAGCAUCGGCUACUCCACCGAGGAAAACAGGCUUUUUAUCACCGUUCACUCCUGCAGAGCUCUGGCAGCCUGCUCCAAGGACGGAGCAGAUCCGUAUGUUUCCUUCAUCCUGCUGCCCGACAAGAAGGCGACUACCAAGAGGAGAACGGCCACCAAGAAGCGAGACCUCAACCCGGAGUUUAACGAGAGGUUCGAUUUUGACUUUUCUCUUGAGGAGUCCACGCAGAGAAGACUGGACCUGUCAGUGAAGAACAGCGUUUCCUUUAUGAGCAGAGAGAGGGAGCUUAUCGGCAAGUUGCAACUAGACCUGGACCAAAUUGACCUCAAGACUGGUGUCACACAAUGGUACGAUUUGGUGGCAGAGACCAACUAGAAGAAUUGAUGCCUGAUCUUCGGUACUAUAUAGCAUAAACGUUGCUUCUGUGAUCUGUGAUUUGUGCGUUUGUGUAUUCAGCUUAGAUGAAAAUUUCCACCAUCACUGAAGAAAAAUACUAGAAUGACAUUAGUGCCACAAACACACAAUCCAUCAGUAUUUAUGAGGAGAAACUUUACAUGUAGCUUGUCAUUCGUAAAGUGUGUAAAUGUGCAGAAUCCGUCCUGUCACGGACAGAUAUUUUGGCUGAAUAGAUAUUUGAUAAUGCAACUGUGUUGCACGACAAACCAAGAAUAUAUGUGUUUAAAAGCAUGUAAAAGUCCUCUUUGAAUUCUAUUUUAAAAAGGGCUUGUAUGUAGUAAAUAUCCUAAGGUAGGACUAUGUUUUAUGGAUUUACAGCAUUCAAAACAAGUGAGAGAGAUUUCUUUGAAUUUUAUUUUUUACAGUCUCCAGACAAUUCCCAUUGUUUAUAUACGUUUAUAUUAUUGCCUUAAGUAUUACAAAACUGUGCACAGUUUUUCAGUGUCUAUGAAAUGUGUUCCAGAUGAAGUUUUAUAUGUUUUAACCAGAGCUUUCUGACCGUUACUUUUAUAUCAAAUCAAAGUAUUACAAACCUAGACCCUCACAUUACCACUGAAAACAGAGGUAUGAUACUGUAAGCAGAGUCUAAAUCACUGUGGUUUUAUGAAGAGGAAAACUUUGUAGAUAAUCAAAACGCAUUGUUGGUGUUUCGACGCCAAAGGCUUCUUUGUGUUUUAGUGUGUUCGUAGCGCUUCAGUGCAACAAGGCCGAUGCUGUCGGCCGAGUUCAUGCUUUGUUUUCUGAGCAAAACAUUUUAGGAGAAGCAGGAUUAUAGUGCUUAUCAGUGGUGGGACGACUUCCAGCAGAGACCUGGAUGCUGAUUUGUUGGCAAAAAAACACAACUGAGGAAAGAAACUGCUGAGCUUUGACAUAAUUUGAACAUAUCAUCAUGUGUCUGCUGAAGCUGUUGAUUAAAGUUUGCACUCUCAUGAAGGAA